CUUAUUUCUGAGGUUAAGAUGAGGUUGCCUUCCAGAGGCGUGGGAGGGGCCUUGGAUCCUGCCUGGUCAUCAAAGCCCUGUGAGGAAAAAUGGCCACCAGACGUGCUCAUCUUGAGGAUGACCUUUCCUGUCCAAUUUGUGGACAUAUUCUCAGUCUGCCAGUGGUGCUCACUUGCAGACACAGAUUCUGUAAAACCUGUCUAAAAGACAGCUGGGAGACACAAGGCAGUGGGGAUUCACACCACUGUCCUCUGUGCUGGCGCCGCUCCUCCAUGGAUCAAAUGGUGGUGAGCACUCUGCUGGAGAGGUCCUGUGAAUCCUUCAAGGAGGACAGAAGCAAGAAUGACCCAGGGGCUUGUAAGGAGCAUGGAGAAAAGCUCACACUGUUCUGUUUGGAGGAUUUGGAGCCAAUCUGUGGUUUGUGUGGGAAAGCAGCUGCACACAUUGGGCACAGGCUAUAUCCCAUUGGGGAAGGUGCUCAUGACUGUAAGGAGGAACUGAAGAGUGCCCUGCUGCCUUUGAAAGAGAAGUUACAGCUGUAUAAAAAGGCGAAAAUGGUCUGUGAGGAAAUGGCAGAACAUGUCAAGAACCAAGCUGAGCAUACCGAAACACAGAUCAAAGAGGAAUUUGAAGCCCUUCACUGUUUCCUGAAAGAGCAGGAGGCUGCCAGACUCUCUGCUUUAAAGGCUGAGGAGAAUCAGAAGGAUCUGAUGAUUAACCAAAAGAUUGACGAGAUGAGCAAUGAAAUUAUAUCUCUCUCCAACACCAUCAGAAUAGUGGAACAGGAGAUGAGAUCUCAAGAUGUCCAAUUUCUUAAGAAUUACAAGGAAACAGUAAGGAAAACCUGGCGGACUUCCCCCGAUCCUGAAAUGAUUUCUGGUGCUCUGAUUGAUGUGGCCAAGCACUUGGGCUCUCUGAAAUAUAAAGUGUGGGAGAAGAUGAAGAAAAUAGUUAAAUAUAAUCCUGUGAUUCUGGAUCCCAACACAGCAGCUAGCUGCUUCAUCCUCUCAGAGGAUCUCACAGUUGUGCAAAACUCUACCCAGAAUUUCAAACUGCCAGACAACCCAGAACGUUUCGACAUUAGUGCUGAGAUGCUGGGUGCUGAGGGCUAUUCUUCUGGACGUCACAUCUGGGAUGUGGAGGUGAAGGACAACACCUACUGGGUGUUGGGAAUAGCCAGUGAGUCCAUCAACAGGAAGGGCAAGCAUGUGCUGACACCAGCAGAGGGAUUCUGGUCUAUUAGGUUUCGCAAUGGAGAGCAUAAGGCCUGCACAGCACCGUGGGAGCCACUGAACAUGACAAAAAAUCCAGAAGUGAUAAGAGUAGUUUUGGACAUGGACCGAGGCAAGGUGACCUUUUAUGACCCUGGAGAGAGAACGCCUCUCUACACCUUCAUGAAUGUCAUCACACCCAGAGUCUUUCCUUACUUUUGCACUGCUUGCAAAGAGCAUCCACUGAAAAUCCUACCUACAAGAAUAUCCAUGUCAGUGGACCCCUAAUUUCAUUAAACUCAUUUUGUUUUUUCAUU